AGCCGAGUGAAAAAGCUCGCAAUUCCCGUGACGUUCGCUCAUCAGCAGCAGCAGCCCUGGCCUGCCACAAUCGCUUCGACUCGGUCAUCAUUGUGCGGUGCCGUACGUAUAUCGUUUUGCCCGACCACGACGGCACGCGAGCAGACAUUUAGUCCUGAAAGCCGUAUUACGAUCGUGCCGUCGAAAUGUGCGCGUAUCUCAGCACGAGUAUCACGAGACACGUAAAACCAAGGACUUCAGGGAUGUUGCAGUGCUGUGGUGUUGGAGGUGGCGCUUCCACGGCACCUCAGGCUCCGCAGCUGCAGGAUACCGGAUCUGCUGUCGGGAUUACCACCUCCACGAAAACCACCAUCAUGCAGGACGCGGUCCACGAAUCCAUUCGCGAGCAAAUGCGUGAAACGGAAGCUCGGAAGGCGGAGCUGGAGAGACAACACGCAGAAGCACAGAGCCAGCUACGCGAAAAGAUAGCAGGACGCUAUCAGGGCCCGGAAUCGGUCGAAGCGCUGCAAUCGAAAAUAAGGGAACUCGAGAAGAAAACGGAGCUGCAGAUAGUCAGACACGAGGAAUUGUCCUUGGAGCUGACGAGCCUUAGACGUGCUCGAAGCAGAGGGCCGGUGGUAGGACAUCACUCGGCGGUACCGACUACUUGGCCACCGGCUGGUUCCGAACUCGACAGAAUAAUAGCGGAGAUGGAACAAGAUAAUAGCGCUAGUCGGAUGUUACACGAUUUGGACCACUCCCGGAGCACCAUUACCACGCAACAGCCCUCGGUUACACAGGGUAUUCUGCGAUCCAGCUCCGAAAAUCUUCCUAAUCUUAGCCAACAUCAGCAUCCACCCCAUCCGCACGCUUUGAGCCUGGGAAUGCCAACGCAAUUGGGCCACUACGCAGGUUCGCCGAUGCCCCUAACGCCAAUGAUGCCCGGAUGUCCACCGUUGACACCGAACGGACCGCCGUAUCACUAUAGCGAGCCAAUCCCGCCGGCGCCGUCGCUCUCCACCAGCCAGUCGCAGCCCGUUUUCCAACAGAAGAUGCAAUCGUACCAGCAACAGCAGUCUCAUGCCGAUUUGCCCAGUUCUCAUUCCCAGAGUGCUCUGCCCACGCAGCAGAAGCAACAACAAGCGCACACCCAUUUCGCGAGCAAUCAGUACCAGGAGAGUUAUCCGCAUACGCAGACCUAUCAGCAGCCGCUCCAGCAGCAACAGCAGCAACAGCAACAUCCGGCCUCUACAACGUACCUGACGUCGUCGAGUCAAAGCGUGAUACCUCAUUACACGCAGCCCACUCAGACCGGCCAAACGUAUCAACUCAAUGGAAGUCAGCAGGCAACGACUUAUCCAAGCUUAUCGAUAACAUCCCACCCAAACGGAACGUACAGCACAGGGGCGAGCACCUUCAACACCCAACUGUCCCAUCACAAUUUCCCUGUACCGCAGACGAGCAUCCCCCAAACCACGUUGUCGUCCCUACCGCCCUAUUCGACGAGUUCCUUCCAUUCCACGUUAGGCGCGCUGACCAGCGUGCCACAAACCGUUCUUCCCUACUCGAGUGUACAGAGCACAUUUGCCACCAGCGGAUCGACCUACUCUACCGUCGGGACCAACGCUUUUGGCACGUCUGGCGUGAACUCAGGUACCAGCUCGACAGGCUUGUUGCAAGCGAUAAGCGAUCCCCUCCAAGCGAUGCAGCAACUGUCUGCCCAGUCGCAGGCGAACCAGCUGCAGCAGCAGGCGAUCAUACAGCAGAUCCAGCAAAGUUUAAGAGCCAGCUCGCCGACAGCUACCACUGCUACCGGCCACCACUACCUCGGUCCAAGACAAAUGCCAAAGAUACCCAGCAGUAUACUGUCGAAUCCCCUGGAUCGACUAACCAACGACAAUACCGUGCCCGAGGGUCAGCUGGACAUGCUGGAUAUACCCGGCAAGGGCAAAUGUUACGUUUACAUUGCUCGUUUCACUUACGAGCCGUUCCAGCACUCGCCGAACGAGAACCCGGAAGCGGAGCUGCCCGUACAGGGUGGCGAUUACCUCCUGGUCUGGGGGCAACCGGACGCGGACGGUUACCUCGACGCGGAGACGCUCGACGGCAGACGCGGUCUCGUACCAGCCAAUUUCGUCCAGAAAUUGGUCGGCGACGAUCUGUUGGAGUUUCAUCAAGCCGUGCUGGGACUCAGGGACGUCGAUGAUUCUGCAUCCACCAAUAUUCCCCAAGUGAGCAAUGUUCUCUGUUUGCAGUGCUUUCUGCAAGACUUCGAUCUCGAGUUGGCGGCCUUGGAGGAGGGGAAUCGAAACCGACAGGCGGAAUUGUCCGCGUACGCGGAGCUCGACAACAUCGCGGAGGAGGACGAGCAGGAGCCACCAGAAGUCUACCUGUUUUCGGACCUAGUUCCGGCGCCGCAGCAUCUCACUCUCGAGCGGCAGUUGAACAAGAGUGUCCUAAUCGGCUGGACACCGCCCGAAAACACUCACCAGCUCGAAUCCUAUCACGUCUACGUGGAUGGGGUGUUGAAGGUUACCGUUAAAGCGACCGAGAGAACUAGAGCGUUGGUCGAGGGAGUCGACUCUACCAGGCCGCACAGAAUAAGCGUACGGUCGGUGACGCACACGAGAAGAACGUCCCGCGACGCCGCUUGCACGAUGGUGAUCGGUAAGGACGGCGCCCUGGGUCCAGCCGCCGUCAAGGCGUCGAACGUGACCGCCACCAGCGCCGUGAUAUCCUGGCUGCCGAGCAACAGCAACCACCAGCACGUCGUCUGCGUGAACAACGUCGAGGUCAGGACGGUGAAGCCCGGCGUUUACAGGCACACGAUCACAGGCUUGGCGCCCUCGACGAUCUACAGGGUGACCGUCAAGGCGAAGAACCUGAGAGCCACGCACUUCGAGGACCAAAACACUCAAGCGGCGAACAACUUAGCGUGUCACGUCCACUUCAAAACGUUACCCAAAGGACUACCAGAUCCUCCGGUCGAUAUCCAGGUGGAGGCUGGACCGCAGGACGGCACUUUGCUAGUGACCUGGCAGCCUGUUGCCCUAAACGGUUCGGCCGUCACCGGUUACGCGGUGUACGCCGAUGGGAAAAAGGUCACCGACGUAGACAGCCCCACCGGUGACCACGCUCUGGUCGACAUCCACAAACUGAUGGGUUUGAACCCGAAGCAUAUCACGGUCAGAACUAAGAGCAGGGAGAGCCAGUCGGGCGACAGUUGCGCCACUGCCAUUCCCUGCAGCGUUCUUCGCGGCGGGCCCGCGACCCAUUUGCAACACGGGUCCGUGCACAUGCAAGACCAGGGACAGCAACAGUCAUCCAGCGUGGGACAGUCGGACGACCCCAACAGGGUGCGCAUGGGCGGCGUUAGCCAGAGAUAUCCGUCGAUCCCCGUUCCGUCGCACAUGAGAAGACACGGGGUGACCAGGGUCGACGCUCACGGCCAAGUGAUCAUCGAGACCGACGAGAAUCUGUCCGACAAAGAGAUCUAUCCUGGACAGAGCAUGUCUCAGAUGGGAGUUCCAGAGAUCACCAAGGACUCGGCGAGCGAGGCGAACUACAGCGAGGAGGAGGACCCGUCGCGCAGAGGCAAAGGCGGUCCUCACCACGGCGGCCAUCCUCGAUACGGGUCGCAAAUGGGACAACAAGGACUUCCGGGAACGCACAGAUCCGCAAGGAUGCCUGGUCCAGGCGGCAGGUCCCAGGAUCCGUACUACGAACAACCAGGAAACCAAAGAGGCAGGGGUCCCGGUUACCGCGGCGGGCGGGUAAUGCAGGCUCAGGGCGGUGCUGGUCAUCCGUCGAGCAGCGGUCAGCAAAUGAACGAGAGGCCACGGUGGUUCGUCGGCCUGUUCAAUUACGAUCCGAAGAUCAUGUCGCCGAACCCGAACGCCUGCGAGGACGAGCUCCCGUUCUCCGAGGGCGACUUCAUCAAGGUAUACGACGACAAAGACCCCGACGGAUUUUAUUGGGGAGAAUGCCGCGGUAGGCAAGGAUUCGUACCGCACAACAUGGUGAAAGAGAUCAAAGAUCUGAACGCGCCUGGUCAGGGACAGCAGGGGAGGAGAGGAAGAUGGGGCGACAUUUACGCCAGUAUGCCCGUGAAGAAGAUGAUAGCGCUCUACGACUACGAUCCGCACGAAUUGUCGCCGAACGUCGAUUCCCAAGUGGAGCUGGCGUUCCAAACCGGAAACGAGAUCUACGUCUACGGCGACCUGGACGACGAUGGAUUCUAUAUGGGCGAACUGAACGGUGUACGGGGUUUAGUUCCGAGUAACUUCCUCACCGAAGUGCCGGAUCAGCCGGCGCAGGGGCAACUGCCGCCUGGUAGCAGAAGACCACCCAGUCAGAGUCAAGGACCGGGAGCGAGAGGACCGCCUCCGCCACCACGGGAACCCCCUCCGCCUGGUCAUCGACGUGGCAAAGAUGCCUGCAUUGUGCCUGUGUCUGUCCCUGUCUGUCACUUAGACUCUAGACAACAACAACAACAACAACAACAACAACAACCAUCACUAAUGAACAACCAACAACAUCAACUCCAACAUCAACAAAACAAUCCACCGCAUCUAGCGUACCAACAAGCGAAUCACCACAGCUACACGACUGUAACCACGUCCAAUCAACAUGGGCCCACUCCCAUGGGUGCCCAUCAGCAAGGUCCCGUACCACUCCACCUUCAACAGCAGGGGAAGGGGAGGGGAGGCGCGAUCAAUCGUGGUAGUAACGUGCCGGGAGGUAUGCAGGGCCCUGGGCAGCACAUGCAACAGCAACAGGACUACCAACAACAGAAUCAACCGUACCAGCAACAGCAACCGAAUCAACAGAACCAGAACUACCAGCAGCAACAGAAUCAAGGGUACCAGCAGCAGGGUUCGGGAUUCGGACCGCAGGGCCAGCAGUUCCAGCAGCAACAGACCCAGCAGCAACAGCAACAGCAACAGCAGAAUCAACCGUACCAGCAACCGAACCAGGGCUCGUCGAUGCAGGGCAGUCAGAGCACCAGCAAACCGAUGAGGGGGAUACCGACGGUUCUGCCAACCGCCCAGUCGAAAACGCAACCGAACGCCGCGCAAGGCCAGCAACCGCAGCAACAGCAGCAGAGCACAGGCCCGAACCUUAUGCAAAAGUUCACGGAGAUGGCGGGCGCGAGCGCCGGCGGCGACAUACUCUCGAAAGGGAAGGAACUGAUCUUCAUGAAAUUCGGCCUCGGCAAGUGAGCUAUUACCCUGCCCGUGUCGCUCGCUCCGCUUCCUCUCUACUUCUGUCCUAAAGCUCUCGCGCCGGACCGUCGUGUCCGCGACGGGGGAUCACUUUCUAAAUCAGUAUUACGGAGAACAAACUGCGGAGAGCAAGCGAGACGCGCAGGCAGUGACGUACGAACGCGUCUCGUCCGAUCGGUUCUUUGCUAAUAACCACGAACGACACGACACGAAACGAUACGAUACGAUGAUAACCGUAUGAUGUAAAAUGUGCGCUGCCAUUGCUGCUGCUGCUGCUGUUGCCGCCGCUACGACUGUUACUAUUUCGCGACCACUGCUGGAUCCAUGGUUUGAUCGAAACGUUGCGCUGGUACGCGCGCGGACCGAUAAGUUUAUAUCUAAAAACAACCCCCAGUCCCGUUGUUUCUGCCUCGAGCUACGAGGCAAAUCUCCUAUCAGGCAGGAAAGAAAAGAAUGUUCGCUGGCGUCCUUCGAUGAUAUCCCCCUACCCGCGAAAAUCACCGUGAAAGUAGUCCGGAUUCGGAUUCGACGUUAAGAGUUCCGUGGAUUGAAACGACGAGGCUCGGUAAUCAACCACCUCCGAUUAAUUCUUUUUCGAUCGCCUUUGUCAUCAUCGUUAUCAUUAUCGUCUUCUUAUUCUUCUUCUUGUUCUAGUUCUUGAUCUUGAUCUUGUUCUUCUUCUCCUUCUUCUUCUUCUUCUUCUUCUUCAUGCAAUGGAGUCCUUUUUCUGGGUGUCACGUCGCCGAUCAAAAUCCUAAAAUUUAAACCGAAGGUCAAUAUCGAGAAACGGUUUUUACGCUCGUUGGAGGGGAAACGUUUCUGUGCAGGGUGUUUCUGGUGACUCUUCGCCUAGUUAACAGGAUUUGCUUUUUUCUUGACACCGGAAGGGCUGGGUUUUUAGCGUAGAUGUUCUCUGUUAUUUCGUUAGAGUAACCCAUCAGAUUACGAUUAAACUAUUGUUUUCUGAAGUAGUAUCUAAUGUAGAGAUGUUUCUUUUCCAACGGGUGCCAAGAACGGUCAAAUUUCGACAUUGUCCUUUUGGCCGCCGGACGAGUGUAUCGAAACGAAAUUGCGCACCGAGCAGGCAUUACUUUAUAAAUAUUGUAUAGCGCGUCCAAACAGCACUGGAUCGCGCAACGCGCCAUUUGUACAUGUCUUUUAAUUUGCGGCCAAGGGACAAGAAAAAUUCAACGAUUUAUUCGAUGGUAAAUAAUGUUAUGUAUUGUAUCGUUUGAUCGAAAGCGUAUGAAUUAAUAAAUAAUUGUGGCGUACAAUAUGCAUUAACGCCUGCUCAAGGAUUCGUACACACCGGAUGUCGGGUGCAUAAUCAGGCCACCGUGCACAAGAAUCACCUACCGAUUAGUUCGACGGAGAAAUUCCCUUUCGUACGUGGGCGUGCCUUAUGAAAAUCUCACCCAGGAACAGCAAUCAUAUCUUUUUGACUUCAACCGAUUCGACGGAACUGUCAGUCGAUGUCGCGACGGAUCGUUCGAUCGUUUCGCGGGAACGAGGACAUUUUAUAUAGAGGCGACUGAAUAAAGAGACGUCGCGUUACGAGUGAACCGCGAAACAAUUUCAAUUCGAAUUCGAGAAAGUUUCGCGUCGCAAGAGGCUUCUAAGAAGACGACGGAAAUUCCUCGACUCUGGUUUGCAAAUUUUUAUUUACCAAAGUCGGGGUUCCGUUGGCCCAGGCUACGAUUGGCCGACAGAACGGAUUUCGCGGUGAAAGAAUUUUCCGAAAAUCGAACGUCCGAGGCGCGGCGCAGGCGCGGAAUCGAGUCAGAUUCUGCGCCUCUGGCGCGUUUCUUCGAUCCCCCGUCUUUCUUUGCCUGAUGUUUAAAUUCCUCCGUUCCGAAGCGUUGCUUUGCGUUUAAUUUCUCAGACCCUGGAAAAAAAAAGUAUACAAAAUGAAAGAGACUAUCGGGACAAAGUUAAGUAGAUUAAAACGCGAUGCAAACGGAUCUAAAUGGAAGGCGAAGACUAAACGGGAACGUAGCUUCUCGUGGUGCUCGAGGCCGCGAUUACGAACGAAACGAAAAAUAUUUUAAAAAGACAGAGAGCCAAAACGAAUAACCAAACACUAUAAUCGCGCGCUGAACGACGCGCGACCGAAUGGCUUAGAAUCGAACGAUUCGUGGAUCAAGUCGAACUACGUGGUACAUAUAAAUAAAUAAUUUAACUAAGUAAUUAAUUGGUGUCGCUCCGAUGGUGGACGGGAGCGAUGAAUUCGA